AAAGAAGCGAUAAGUGAUAAUGUGGUUGCCGCGAUUCUGUACACCAUACUCCCACGUACUUAUUCAAAAAGAGAACAUGUGAAACAAUUUCAAUUGCACUUAAGUCAUUUGCUACUAAUGCGGUAGAUAGAUAACCACUUAUAUAGUUGUAUCGUUAAAAACUUUAACGUCAACCUCUUUUCAGUAAACUUAUUAAAUAAUUCAGUAGGGGCACAGGUCGUGGUAUAAUGGAGUAUUAUAGAUUCCAAGUCACAUUGUUUAUGUGGCAGUGCUCGCGCGACACCCGAAGUGAUUGGGUACCGUAACCAUGUAUCAGGAAACCGAUGGAGUCACCUCCAAGAUCGAGAAGAAAAAAUUCGAAUCUUCUAUCAGUGAGCUGAAGAAGAAGGCGUUUGUCUCUGCAGCUGACAUAGAGAGCUAUGGCGAGAGCGGUGUGACGGAGCAAUAUCAAAAAGCGUACCAUCGCUCCCUAGUGGACCCCGAGGGAUUCUGGGCCGACGUGGCAAAAGAGAUCGAGUGGGCUAAGCCUUGGGACAAGGUUCUGGAUCACUCCAAUCCUCCAUUUACAAAAUGGUGGGUAGGCGGCGAGUUGUCCGUCUGUCACAACGCAAUUGACCGGCAUGUGGAGAAAGGCCAGGGCGACAGUGUGGCCCUGGUACACGACUCACCGCUCACCGACACAGUGAGGCGUAUCACGUACAACGAGAUGAGGGACCAGGUAUCUCGCUUAGCCGGGAAACUGUCGGAGCUAGGAGUGACGCGAGGGUCCCGCGUCUUGAUCUACAUGCCAUUAAUCCCCGAGGCAGUCAUCGCCAUGUUGGCGACCAACCGCAUCGGAGGCAUCCACUCUGUGGUAUUCGGAGGAUUUGCGGCUAGAGAGUUGAGAACAAGAAUUGAGCAUGCGGAACCAACUAUUAUUAUUGCAGCAAGUUGUGGAGUUGAACCAAAUAAAAUUGUUAGAUACAAAGAUAUCUUAGACGAGGCACUAUGUCAAAGCUCACACCAGCCUUUGAAGUGCAUUAUUUACCAGCGGCGAAGAGUUCUUGAGUGUUCUCUUGAGAAAGACAGAGACAUGUGCUGGAAAGAUGCACUUGAGAGCGAACCGGUGCCAUGCGUGCCUGUCGAGGCAAAUGAACCCUUAUACAUUCUAUAUACUUCUGGAACUACUGAUGCUCCAAAAGGUGUCCAACGUCCAUGUAACCAUGCAGUUACACUUUGUUGGUCCAUGAACACAAUAUAUGGCUUAAAAAAAGGUGUUUGGUGGGCUGCCUCUGACCUUGGUUGGGUAGUGGGUCAUUCAUAUAUCUGUUACGGCCCCCUACUUGCCGGACUGACCACUGUUUUGUACGAAGGCAAGCCGGAUCGGACACCCGAUCCAGGACAGUAUUUCAGGAUAAUAGAACAGCAUCGAGUAAAUGCGUUAUUCACAAUCCCCACCGCAAUUCGUGUGCUGAAGAGGGCCGAUCCCAACGCCAAAUACGCUAGAAGAUAUUGUAAUCAGUCUUUGAAAUCAGUAUUCAUUGCCGGAGAACAUUGCGACCAAGACACACGUCAAUGGGCAGAACGUAUAUUUUCAGUGCCCGUGCUAAACCACUGGUGGCAAACAGAAACAGGGUCAGCGAUUACUGCUGCCUGUCUCGGGUAUGGCAUUAAAUCAGUACCGCCACAUUCCGCUGGAUACCCUGUUCCAGGAUACGAGAUGCUUGUUCUAAGAGAAGAUGGUUCAGAAUGUCAAACGGGCGAAGUUGGUAGAUUAGUCGCAAAGCUUCCUCUGCCUCCUGGGUUUGCCUCUACACUCUGGCAAGCAGAUGACAGAUUUAAGAAGACAUACUUCGAGUCGUAUCCAGGUUACUACGACACUCAAGAUGCCGGUUGGAUAAGUGCAGAAGGAGCCGUUUGGGUUGUAGCCCGUGCGGAUGACAUCAUUAAUGUAGCUGGUCAUAGGCUAUCGACUGCAGCCAUUGAAGAUGUUGUGCUAAAGCACGCAAGGAUAGCAGAUGCUGUUGUCGUUGGUGCCCCUGAUGCUACCAAGGGCGAUGUACCUUUAUGCCUUUACGUGAUGAGACCACCCCAAGAUGAUGAAGAAAUUGUGGCUGAAAGUACAGUAACCCAGGAACUUAUCGCAUUAGUUCGCCAUCUGAUUGGGCCAAUAGCAGCGUUUAGGAAAGCAGUUGCAGUCCCUGCGCUACCACGGACUAGGUCUGGCAAAGCGCUCAGAGGAGCAAUUGCAAAAUUAGCUAGAUCGCAAUUAGUGCGGCUGCCAGCUACAAUUGAAGAUGCAAGUGUAUUUGCUGAAAUAAAAAUUGCACUGCAAAAGUUUGGAUAUGCCAUAGAUGCACCCGAUCCUGAAGUUUAAGAAAAUACUAACUAUCCUCAUUUCAAUCUUAAUGAUUGGAGUUUUUUUAGGAAAAUUAGGAUAUCAACGAAAUAUGUGAUUUAAGUCUGUAUUGUAAUAUAAGAGGAGGUAUUUAUUUAUGUACUUACAUUAAGUUAAUUUUUGUACCUAGUAACAAAUCAUAGAAAUGUUAAUAAUUAUUUGUAAAAAAAGAAAGCAAGAGCUUUUGCUGCGAGUGCUGAUUCAAAGUCCAAGCUAACGAUUGAUUCAGCAAUACAAUUCACAUUGUUGAGUGUACGUAGCGAGGAGCUCUAAGGCAUGAGGUGCAAAAGCUUUUGGUCUCGCGUGGUAAAUACCUAUAACGUUUCACCUCAGCUAUGAGAACAUAUAAAAGGGAAAAAAAGAAAAAUACGACAUGAAAGAAGUUUCUGUAUUUAUUUCUAAAAAGUCCAAGUUCUAUUCUAAGGUCCAGAUCAGGUGUCAUGUGCAAGAAAAUUUAACCCGGCUCGGGUACGGACCAGAACCGGAUCCGGAACCGAUUCUAAAUUUCAUUCCGGUUUAGAUUCCUACAUAAAAUCUGGAUCCCGGUCCAAUUCCAGAUCCAGAAGAGAGUCUGGAUCCGGAUAGAGCCCGAGUCCGAAUCCGGGACUGAUUCCGUAACUAGAAUUUUAGCUAAUCCUGUCGUCGAAUGAACGUAGGUAUUAUUAUUGUGUGUAAUUUUAUAUUUAUAUGUAUUUAUUUCUCUACUCUCAAUGGUCAAACUCAAACUUGUUUAGUUAAUUAGUAUUUUAAAUAAGACUAAGUAAGGGGUCCACGUAAAGUGAGCGUCUCUUUUAUUUUUUGCCAGUUUUAUUUAUUAUGUUUUUUUUUGCCAGUUUUGUGUUAUUUCUACUCAGAAUCAUGAGCUCUUUCGAUCCUAAUGGGAUAAAAAAAAGUCCCAGAGUUUUUUUUCCUAUUGUGUUACCUUUUCCCCAUACACUUUGUAUGGCGGUAACAAAAAGAAACGUUUGAAAAAUGUAUGGAAAUUUUAGGACAUUUUUUUUCUC